UCUUCUCUAUCAGUCAUGGCUUCCUCCAGCAGUUUCCUGUCUGAAGAUCAGCUCCAGUGCUCCAUCUGUCUGGAUGUGUUCACUGAUCCAGUCUCUACUCCAUGUGGACACAACUUCUGCAUGAUUUGUCUUAAAAAAUGCUGGGACACCAGUUCACACUGUCAGUGUCCAGUAUGUAAGACAAAUUUCCCCAAAAGACCUGAACUACAUGUUAACACCUUCAUCUCUGGACUGGCUGCUCAAUUCAGGAAGCCAGUUCAGGUCAAAUCCAUUAGCACUGCAGGAGAAACUACCAAAUCUCAGGUGUUCUGUGAGGUCUGCAGUGAGAAGAAACAUGAAGCUCUGAAGUCCUGUCUGAUCUGUAUGGCCUCUUACUGUAAGACUCACCUGGAACCUCAUGAGAAAGUUUCUUCUUUUAAAAGCCACAAACUAAUAGAUCCUGUGGAGAACCUGGAGGAUUACAUCUGUCAGAAACAUGAGAGACCUCUGGAGAUGUUCUGUAGAGACGACCAGAUGUGUUUGUGUCAGGUCUGCAGUGUAGACGACCACAGGUACCACAACACAGUUCCUAUAGAGGAGGAGAGUGCAGAGAAGAAGACUCAGUUGGGAGCAACAAAAGCAGAAGUUGAGCAGAUGAUCCAGGACCGACUGAAGAAGAUCAAAGAAAUCAAACAUUCUGUAGAACUUAAUAAAAAGAACACAGAGAAGAAGAAAGCUGACAGCAUGGAGAUCUUCAGAGCUCUGAUACGCAGCAUUGAGAGAAACCAGGCUGAGAUGCUGAAGGUGAUGGAGGAGAAGCAGAGAGCAGCAGAGCGUCAGGCUGAAGAGUUCAUUAAAGAUCUGGAGCAGGAAAUCACUGAGCUGAAGAAAAGAAACACUGAGCUGAAGCAGAUCUCCAACACUGAGAAUCAUCUCCAUUACCUACAGAUUUACCCGUCCCUGUGCAGACCUCCACCCACCAACAACUGGACUGAUGUCAGUAUUCAGCCUCAUCUGGAUGUGGAGACUCUGAGGAGAGCGCUGUCUCAGCUUCAGGAACGUGUUGAUGAAGUAAUGAAGAAGGUUGUCAGUAUGGAACUGAAGAAAAUUCAACAAUAUGCAGUGGACGUGAUUCUGGAUCCUGAUACAGCAAAUUCUUACCUGAUCCUGUCUGAGGAUGGAAAAGAAGUUACACAUGGAGACAAACAACAGACUCUUCCUGAUAAUCCAGAGAGAUUUGAUUACUGUGUCAGUUUGCUGGGAAAGGAGGGAUUCUCCUCAGGGAGAUUUUAUUAUGAGGUUCAGGUUAAAGGGCACACUGAGUGGUAUUUAGGAGUGACCAGAGAGUCCAGUAACAGGAAGGGGGAUUAUACAGAAAAUCCUGAAAAUGGAUAUUGGUCUGUGUGGCUGAGAAAUAAAACUGAAUAUAAGGCUCUGGAUUCUCCUCGUGUCCCCCUCUCCUUGAAACAGGCUCCUCAGAAGGUGGGGGUGUUUGUGGAUUAUGAGGAGGGUUUGGUCUCCUUCUAUGAUGUUGAGAAUGAGUCUCAUAUCUACUCUUUCACUGGUCAGUCUUUUACUGAGAAACUCUAUCCAUACUUCAGUUCCAGUUUUAAUGAUGGUGAAAAUUCAGAACCACUGAUCAUCUGCCCUGUUAGUCAGGUUCAAACUUAA